AUGGCAACCUACGGUAGAACAAGAACAAUUUUCAUCAUCGUCACAGUCAUCGCCACUAUACUUGUUGUCUCGAUUUUUAUGACUACAUAUGAUAGAAAAGAAAGCACGUCCUACGACAAUGGUGGCGGCCCAGGCGACGGCGAGUCAACCGUGGAGUACUGCGUGAAGCACCACUCGGGUAAUCCGCCUCCGCCAAACCACAAAGAAGGCUGGAGGUCGGAGUAUUACUAUAUUGUUUGUAGAGAUGUGUUUCGCAAUAUUGGCUUAAGCUAUCAAGUAUCAGGUAUAUUACCACCCGACUACGUUAAAGCCAUGAAAAACGUUCCAGAAUUCAAGAAUAAUGAAACGGCCUUGAAUGCUUUUUUUUGCGGCCUUGCCGCCACCUACCGUGGUGUUAGAUGUUGA